AUGAGCGUCUCUGGUUAUCCGACAUUAGAAGAAUCAAGAAGAUCAACAGACUUUUGUCACGAUUUCAAAUCCACCCAGCAGCGAGAAAGGACAAGCCAGUCAGAAAACGAAAAACCAGUCCAGACCGAGAGGUUCACGACAAUGCGGCGGGCGAGUUUCCAGUGUCAUGCGGUCCUCACUAAACAGAAAGGCAAGAUGCCGACAUUGUCGGCCAGUCACGAAUACCCGAGUCCAAUGCACGCCGUCAUGCGACAGUACCAGCCGAAAAUCGGCGACGAUAAAGAGAAAAAAGACAAAAACGAAUCGGCCUGUUCUAAUCGAACCCCCAGCCGACAGAGCGAGUCACUAGAGGGCGCAACUGGCGUCACUGUAAUCCGAAGAAGUUCUUUUACGGCGAGAUCAAGUAGCAAGAUAAGUGAUAUGAACUUUGUGACCUCUUCACAGACAAGGCGCACGUCCUGUCAAAAUUCUCCUUUAUUUAAAAGUAGUAAUGAAACCUUGUCCCGUGAUUCGUCAGUUGGUGACGAGUUAACGAAAAGGCAGACAGGUGAAGUGGACCAAGCCGUUGUCACAAGUCCAAUUUCUUCUUUGGAAUCAUUACAGAGGAAAAAUCAAGAAUCUGGCGUCUUGAGACGAGUACCUCUUAACCAAAACUGCAUUGAGGAACUGGAACCAAGACAGACGGUGUCUAGUCACAAAGCCAGUCGCGCAUCGAGCAGCACCGAUCUUAGAGACGUUUCGAAACAUUACCAAUAUCAAAGUCAGGUGCAUAUCUCAAAGGAACUACUCCCGAGUCAAAUUUCAAGUAAUUCGGAAAAGUACUCGGAAUACCAAAACCUGAAAGACUUGGAACACGGCAAAAUCUUCAAGAAGACAGAGUCGGUGCAUUCGUAUAACCAGAAACAUCCCGACAAUCAAAGCGUAUCUCCGACGGAAUUGUCCGUAAGCGAAAAGAAUAAGAAUUUUCAGAACUUGAAAGGGGACACGUGUAGUUAUACUUCCGAUGAAGGUUACUGUGCCUCUCUGUCGAGCAUCCCGAGCGGCCGACGCCAACUGAGCAUCCAAUCAGACACAAGUUGGAUAUCAGCCGAUAUCGAAGACUGCAGGUCAUGUGAUGCUAACGUAGUGUCUUACAGUUGUGGUUGCGCCAGUGAUACUGCUCACUGUGGGCAUUCGCAGAAACUCGACCGGAAACUCUCAUUGAACAAGAGUGAAAACAGUAUAACAACACGCAAUGAGAUAUUACAAACUUCCAAGGUUUUACCAUUUAGGCAAACUUCACUCUGA